GUUCACGCUAGCGCGACGUGUUCAUCGGUGCCCACGCGCCAACUUUGUCCUCUGGGUUCUUGUUUCACAUCUUGAAUCCCUCUGUCAUAUUUGUAUCACUGUGUUUUCAGAAUCACUCAGAGCUAUGAAAACCCCCAACUUCCGACAGACUCUCCUCGAAUCCCUCAGAGUCAUGUCUUUCAUCAUACCUGUGUAUAUGAUCUGGAUAGGCCUUGGUCUUGUUGCCAACACGGAAUCUCCUAUUGUCGUCGUGUUGAGUGGGUCUAUGGAACCGGCAUUCUACCGUGGGGACUUGCUUUUCCUCACUAACCCCUUGGGUGCGAGGUAUCAAACGGGGGACAUUGUGGUGUACAAGAUUAUGGGCGAGAAAUUUCCUAUAGUCCAUCGCAUCCUCGAGACCCACGACGUUUCGCUCCCGCAACUGCGGUCAGGAAAGCCAAUAAAUUACCCAUCAUCAAACGAUCAACUGCUCCUGACAAAGGGCGAUAACAAUCCAGCAGACGAUAUCGAACUCUACCGGGGAUUGGAAUGGCUGGAGCGGAAACACGUUGUUGGCAAAGUUAGAGGAUUUUUGCCUUAUGUCGGAUAUGUGACAAUUGCGAUGAACGAUUUUCCUCGACUCAAAUACGCGCUGUUUGGCGUACUGGGGCUGAUGACACUUCUCCAGAGGGAAUGAAACCGGAAAAGCGAAUCAGGACUCGGACUGAGUCGUGAGGAUGGACUUGAAUGGCGCGGACGAUCACAAUUGCUUGAGCCCAUAGUACCAAAUUUCUUCAUCCGGUUUUGGUAUUAUAUGUGUCCUCCCAGGCAUGCAUGACGCACAUGUUCAUGUCCUCGCCGCAAUUACCGGUGUUAUCGCUUGACUCGGUUGUGAAUUGUACGGACUUUGUGCCGAAUAGAGCCAGCCAUUGUGUCAAAGCGCCACCACGUGGGACCGCAUACCCCAUAGCGGUGUUCUUGUCCUUGGUUUCCUAUAAAGACCCUCUCCCCUCUCAUCAC